AUGGCCGACCGCGCGAGCAGCUCUCCCGGCCGGGCGACGCGCGUGUCGCGCAACGCGGCAUGCACCCGCUGCCGCACGUCAAAGGUGCGCUGCAACCCGAGCUCCGUCCCCGGCGAGCCCUGCCAGCGCUGCGCCAAGCUCGACCUGUCGUGUCUCGUCGAUCCCACACAUCGACGCGUGACGCGCAAGAGCCAGCUUGACCAGCUCGCCCGCGAGGUGCAGGCCAUCAAGGAGACCGUGGGCAGCAACAGGCACCCGGCACCGCAGCCUGUAUCAUCGUCGAGCCCAGGCGCCUGGUCUCAGCGGCUACAAAGCACCAGCAAUGCCUCUCCCUCCAGUGUCACGGCCGUGGCAACCCAGUCUGCGCUUUCCACUGCUGCCUCAGAGCACAAUGAUGCCCACGAUACGAGUAUCCUCGUGCAAGACGUAGAAGCAGACUCGAGACAAGCAGCACCCAGCCUUCCUAGAGCGCUCAACUCGCAGCCAUUUACUGGGCCAGAGAUUGAUGAGCAUUUCGACUUGUUCUUCCGGCAUUCCCACCCGCACUUCCCCAUUGUCAGCGAACGCAGCCCAGACAAAUGCUACGACAUCAGCCCGUUCCUCUUCUGGACCAUCAUACUCAUCGCUUGCCGGCGUCAACCCACCCGCAGCACCCCGGCCUCCCUUCGCCUGCUCGCGGAGCAUAUCAAGCACGAGACUGAUGCCGCUGUUCCCAGAGUGCCCCUGCCCUUGCCUCAGCUCCACGCGGUCCUCCUCGUCGCCACGUGGGGCCUGUACCCGGGAGUCCGCUUCAUCAACGACCCGGCCUACUGGCUGAGCAGCGUCGCCCUCAACUCGUGCCUGCUUGUAGGGUUCCACACCGGGUUCGGCCGGCAUCCAGAGUACACUCAUAUCACUCUCGCUGUGAUGGCGUCUGACAAGGACGCUGCUGUAACAUGGGCGGCCUGUACUAUCUUGAAUAAACGGCUAUCGACCAACCUGGGCGUCCCAAGCAUAGGUCCCCCAUGUAACAAAGCCACGAGGAACAUGUUUCAAGAUGAGGCUAGUGUUCUGCCCACCACUUUCCGGGUGCAGCUCGAGUGCCAGGUCUUCAUGGACCGGGUCAACCAGACACUCAGCUCGGCUGUGGAAGAGUCAAACCGCGUGCCCCAAGAAUUAGUCCACAUGUUUGAGGAUGAAUGGAGUGCGUCCCGGGCACGCAUUCUCGCCAAAUACACAGAUUCUAUGUCUUCCCUCUAUACCCUAUUCGUCUUGGUCGAGAUCCAGAUGUACUACUUCCUUCUCAAACCUGACGUGAGCAACUCACACGCCGCUGUUGCCGGCCCACCCGAGACCAGUACCCUUCCACUCUCCCCUUCCAUCGAAGCCGACAUACUGCGCUGCUACACCACCGCAUCCACUCUCAUCACGCGAGUCGCCGCCCUCGACGAGACCACCAACCUCCUGCACUACCUCCCGCACUACACGAUCCGCCCCAUCGCCCACGCCAUCUGCGUCAUCUUCCGCACCAUCCGCUCAGACCUGCCGCUCCGGUACCGGAGCGUCGUCGACCCGGGGGAAGCCGCUAGGGUCUCCAGUCUCACGGUCACGAUAGCCCGCCGCGUAUCCGCCGUCGAGGGAGACCUGGCGUGGCGCCUUGCGCGGUGCGUCGAGCUGUGGGACUCCUCGAGCGCGCCGUACCUCGCUGCAGCCGCUGCUGCCGCCGCCAGAGGAGACAAGGAUGGGCCGCCCAGCCGUCACGGCAAUGGCAAUCGCAAUGGCAACGCUGGCAACGCUGGCAGUAUUGACAAUGAGCAGGCCGGAUCACCCAUCCCAGCUGAUCUCGACUACGAGCCUAUCCUAGUCGAGGCGUUCCGCAGGCGCAUGGUCGCAGGCCCGGGGUUCGACUUCAUGAUCCGCUGGAAGACCAAGUACGGACCCGUCCAGAUGGGUCCUUAUGCGGUGCAGCACUCGCACACAUCUGGCCAGGGCAUGCAAGUAGGCCCGGCUGCGACCGAGACUGUUGGUGGUCGGGGUCCACCGCCGCAGCAGCAGAUAUCAUCGACAAGCUCCGCCACACACACCACAGCCUUUGAAAAUGGUGUCACGGCUAGUGAUACCAGGACCAGGACCCAGGCUGCAUCGACAGGCACCGGCGGGUACCAAGCGGUUCAGCAUGACCAGCAGAGACUGCAGCAACAGCAGUACCAGCACCAGCAAAUGCAAUCCAGCGCACAGAUGGCCUUCGGUGGCAGCGGCACCGCGGCGCUGCCGAGCGAGACCACGGGGCUGCCGCCACCGUCCGCGGGACUGGCGGAUAUGUACACCCUGCUGGGCGCCGACUGGGGCAUUCUCGAUGACUUUGGCUGGGGCUUUGACGUUCCAGCUUCCCAGUGAUCCUGCUCACACGCCCUGGAACUGGGAAACUAGCUCCGUCAGCCAAAUAGUCAUGCUCAUCUGGCGGACACUACUGCUCUGGCAGUCUCGAGUGAUGCUACAAUUACGAGCAGAGCGUUGGGUUACUACCACGCUAUCACGUACGGGCGAUACUGUUAUUACUACAGCGUGUGGAACUAUUCACAGACC